AAUUGCAAACAACUAUGUUGACUGAAAAAACUUCUGAAAGUGAAAGUUCCCCUGCCUUUCUAACAACUGAACAGUCUACUGAAUUACAUUCUAUCCCAUCUGAGACUACCUCAAACGAACCAUCUGAUGUUUCACAUCUAACGUCGCCAAAGGAAACAAUAAUGGAAACAUUAAGUACAGAUAUGAUUUCAGCUUCAGAAGCAACAAGCAGGUCUGAGCUAUCGACCUCUGAAUAUCAAACAACCUUUGAUAUUACAUCUACAAAACCAUUUACCACAUUAUCUACAUUUACAUCAGAACCCAGUAUGUCUUUAGCCUCAUCUACUGACACCUCCAGUACCUCUACUACUAUAUCCACAUUGGAACCCAGACCAACUCCUAUAUAUACCUCAGAUUUCAGCAGCAUAUCCCCUUCCUCAUCUACUGAGAAAAUCACAACUUAUGAGUCAUCAUCCAAAAUGCAAACAACUAUGUUGACUGAAAAAACUUCUGAAAGUGAAAGUUCCCCUGCUUCUCUAACAACUGAACAGUCUACUGAAUUACAUUCUAUCCCAUCUGAGACUACCUCAAACGAACCAUCUGAUGUUUCACAUUUAACAUCACCAAAGGGAACAAAAAUGGAAACAUUGAGUACAAAUAUGAUUUCACCUUCAGAAUCAACAAGCAGGUCUGGGCAAUCAACCUCUGAAUAUCAAACAACCUUCGAUAUUACAUCUACAAAACCAUUUACCACAUUAUCUACAUUUACAUCAGAACCCAGCAUGUCUUUAGCCUCAUCUACUGACACCUCCAGUACCUCUACUAUUGUAUCCACAUUGGAACCCAGACCAACUCCCAUAUAUACCUCAGAUUUCAUCAGCAUAUCCCCUUCCUCAUCUUCUGAGAAAAUCACUGCUUUCGAGUCAUCAUCCAAAUUGCAAACAACUAUGUUGACUGAAAAAACUUCUGAAAGUGAAAGUUCCCCUGCUUCUCUAACAACUGAACAGUCUACUGAAUUACAUUCUAUCCCAUCUGAGACUACCUCAAACGAACCAUCUGAUGUUUCACAUUUAACACCACCAAAGGGAACAAAAAUGGAAACAUUGAGUACAAAUAUGAUUUCACCUUCAGAAUCAACAAGCAGGUCUGGGCAAUCAACCUCUGAAUAUCAAACGACCUAUGACUUUACAUCUACAACACCAAUGACUACAUUAUCUACAUUUUCAUCAGAACCCGGCAUGUCUUUAGUCUCAUCUACUGACUCUUCCAGUACCACUACUACUGUAUCAGCACUGGAACCCAGACCAACUCCCAUAUAUACCUCAGAUUUCAGCAGUAUAUCUCCUUCCUCUUCUACUGAGAAAAUCACUACUUAUGAGUCAUCAUCCAAAAUGCAAACAACUAUGUUGACUGAAAAAACUUCUGAAAGUGAAAGUUCCCCUGCUUCUCUAACAACUGAACAGUCUACUGAAUUACAUUCUAUCCCAUCUGAGACUACCUCAAACAAACCAUCUGAUGUUUCACGUCUAACGUCGCCAAAGGAAACAAUAAUGGAAACAUUAAGUACAGAUAUGAUUUCAGCUUCAGAAGCAACAAGCAGGUCUGAGCUAUCAACCUCUGAAUAUCAAACAACCUUCGAUAUUACAUCUACAAAACCAUUUACCACAUUAUCUACAUUUACAUCAGAACCCAGCAUGUCUUUAGCCUCAUCUACUGACACCUCCAGUACCUCUACUACUAUAUCCACAUUGGAACCCAGACCAACUCCUAUAUAUACCUCAGAUUUCAGCAGCAUAUCCCCUUCCUCAUCUACUGAGAAAAUCACAACUUAUGAGUCAUCAUCCGAAAUGCAAACAACUAUGUUGACUGAAAAAACUUCUGAAAGUGAAAGUUCCCGUGCUUCUCUAACAACUGAACAGUCUACUGAAUUACAUUCUAUCCCAUCUGAGACUACCUCAAACGAACCAUCUGAUUUUUCACGCCUAACGUCACCAAAGGAAACAAUAAUGGAAACAUUGAGUACAGAUAUGAUUUCAGCUUCAGAAGCAACAAGCAGGUCUGAGCUAUCAACCUCUGAAUAUCAAACAACCUUCGAUAUUACAUCUACAAAACCAUUUACCACAUUAUCUACAUUUACAUCAGAACCCAGCAUGUCUUUAGCCUCAUCUACUGACACCUCCAGUACCUCUACUACUAUAUCCACAUUGGAACCCAGACCAACUCCUAUAUAUACCUCAGAUUUCAGCAGCAUAUCCCCUUCCUCAUCUACUGAGAAAAUCACAACUUAUGAGUCAUCAUCCAAAAUGCAAACAACUAUGUUGACUGAAAAAACUUCUGAAAGUGAAAGUUCCCCUGCUUCUCUAACAACUGAACAGUCUACUGAAUUACAUUCUAUCCCAUCUGAGACUACCUCAAACGAACCAUCUGAUUUUUCACGCCUAACGUCACCAAAGGAAACAAUAAUGGAAACAUUGAGUACAGAUAUGAUUUCAGCUUCAGAAGCAACAAGCAGGUCUGAGCUAUCGACCUCUGAAUAUCAAACAACCUUCGAUAUUACAUCUACAAAACCAUUUACCACAUUAUCUACAUUUACAUCAGAACCCAGCAUGUCUUUAGCCUCAUCUACUGACACCUCCAGUACCUCUACUAUUGUAUCCACAUUGGAACCCAGACCAACUCCAAUAUAUACCUCAGAUUUCAGCAGCAUAUCCCCUUCCUCAUCUUCUGAGAAAAUCACUACUUAUGAGUCAUCAUCCAAAUUGCAAACAACUAUGUUGACUGAAAAAACUUCUGAAAGUGAAAGUUCCCCUGCCUUUCUAACAACUGAACAGUCUACUGAAUUACAUUCUAUCCCAUCUGAGACUACCUCAAACGAACCAUCUGAUGUUUCACAUUUAACAUCACCAAAGGGAACAAAAAUGGAAACAUUGAGUACAAAUAUGAUUUCACCUUCAGAAUCAACAAGCAGGUCUGGGCAAUCAACCUCUGAAUAUCAAACGACUUUUGACUUUACAUCUACAAAACCAAUGACUACAUUAUCUACAUUUUCAUCAGAACCCAGCAUGUCUUUAGUCUCAUCUACUGACGCUUCCAGUACCUCUACUACUGUAUCCACACUGGAACCCAGACCAACUCCCCUAUAUACAUCAGAUUUCAGCAGCAUAUCCCCUUCCUCAUCUUCUGAGAAAAUCACUACUUUCGAGUCAUCAUCCAAAUUGCAAACAACUAUGUUGACUGAAAAAACUUCUGAAAGUGAAAGUUCCCCUGCCUUUCUAACAACUGAACAGUCUACUGAAUUACAUUCUAUCCCAUCUGAGACUACCUCAAACGAACCAUCUGAUGUUUCACGUCUAACGUCGCCAAAGGAAACAAUAAUGGAAACAUUAAGUACAGAUAUGAUUUCAGCUUCAGAAGCAACAAGCAGGUCUGAGCUAUCGACCUCUGAAUAUCAAACAACCUUCGAUAUUACAUCUACAAAACCAUUUACCACAUUAUCUACAUUUACAUCAGAACCCAGUAUGUCUUUAGCCUCAUCUACUGACACCUCCAGUACCUCUACUACUAUAUCCACAUUGGAACCCAGACCAACUCCUAUAUAUACCUCAGAUUUCAGCAGCAUAUCCCCUUCCUCAUCUACUGAGAAAAUCACAACUUAUGAGUCAUCAUCCAAAAUGCAAACAACUAUGUUGACUGAAAAAACUUCUGAAAGUGAAAGUUCCCCUGCUUCUCUAACAACUGAACAGUCUACUGAAUUACAUUCUAUCCCAUCUGAGACUACCUCAAACGAACCAUCUGAUGUUUCACAUUUAACAUCACCAAAGGGAACAAAAAUGGAAACAUUGAGUACAAAUAUGAUUUCACCUUCAGAAUCAACAAGCAGGUCUGGGCAAUCAACCUCUGAAUAUCAAACAACCUUCGAUAUUACAUCUACAAAACCAUUUACCACAUUAUCUACAUUUACAUCAGAACCCAGCAUGUCUUUAGCCUCAUCUACUGACACCUCCAGUACCUCUACUAUUGUAUCCACAUUGGAACCCAGACCAACUCCCAUAUAUACCUCAGAUUUCAUCAGCAUAUCCCCUUCCUCAUCUUCUGAGAAAAUCACUGCUUUCGAGUCAUCAUCCAAAUUGCAAACAACUAUGUUGACUGAAAAAACUUCUGAAAGUGAAAGUUCCCCUGCUUCUCUAACAACUGAACAGUCUACUGAAUUACAUUCUAUCCCAUCUGAGACUACCUCAAACGAACCAUCUGAUGUUUCACAUUUAACACCACCAAAGGGAACAAAAAUGGAAACAUUGAGUACAAAUAUGAUUUCACCUUCAGAAUCAACAAGCAGGUCUGGGCAAUCAACCUCUGAAUAUCAAACGACCUAUGACUUUACAUCUACAACACCAAUGACUACAUUAUCUACAUUUUCAUCAGAACCCGGCAUGUCUUUAGUCUCAUCUACUGACUCUUCCAGUACCACUACUACUGUAUCAACACUGGAACCCAGACCAACUCCCAUAUAUACCUCAGAUUUCAGCAGUAUAUCUCCUUCCUCUUCUACUGAGAAAAUCACUACUUAUGAGUCAUCAUCCAAAAUGCAAACAACUAUGUUGACUGAAAAAACUUCUGAAAGUGAAAGUUCCCCUGCUUCUCUAACAACUGAACAGUCUACUGAAUUACAUUCUAUCCCAUCUGAGACUACCUCAAACAAACCAUCUGAUGUUUCACGUCUAACGUCGCCAAAGGAAACAAUAAUGGAAACAUUAAGUACAGAUAUGAUUUCAGCUUCAGAAGCAACAAGCAGGUCUGAGCUAUCAACCUCUGAAUAUCAAACAACCUUCGAUAUUACAUCUACAAAACCAUUUACCACAUUAUCUACAUUUACAUCAGAACCCAGCAUGUCUUUAGCCUCAUCUACUGACACCUCCAGUACCUCUACUACUAUAUCCACAUUGGAACCCAGACCAACUCCUAUAUAUACCUCAGAUUUCAGCAGCAUAUCCCCUUCCUCAUCUACUGAGAAAAUCACAACUUAUGAGUCAUCAUCCAAAAUGCAAACAACUAUGUUGACUGAAAAAACUUCUGAAAGUGAAAGUUCCCCUGCUUCUCUAACAACUGAACAGUCUACUGAAUUACAUUCUAUCCCAUCUGAGACUACCUCAAACGAACCAUCUGAUUUUUCACGCCUAACGUCACCAAAGGAAACAAUAAUGGAAACAUUGAGUACAGAUAUGAUUUCAGCUUCAGAAGCAACAAGCAGGUCUGAGCUAUCGACCUCUGAAUAUCAAACAACCUUCGAUAUUACAUCUACAAAACCAUUUACCACAUUAUCUACAUUUACAUCAGAACCCAGCAUGUCUUUAGCCUCAUCUACUGAAACCUCCAGUACCUCUACUACUAUAUCCACAUUGGAACCCAGACCAACUCCCAUAUAUACCUCAGAUUUCAGCAGUAUAUCUCCUUCCUCAUCUACUGAGAAAAUCACUACUUAUGAGUCAUCAUCCGAAAUGCAAACAACUAUGUUGACUGAAAAAACUUCUGAAAGUGAAAGUUCCCGUGCUUCUCUAACAACUGAACAGUCUACUGAAUUACAUUCUAUCCCAUCUGAGACUACCUCAAACGAACCAUCUGAUUUUUCACGCCUAACGUCACCAAAGGAAACAAUAAUGGAAACAUUGAGUACAGAUAUGAUUUCAGCUUCAGAAGCAACAAGCAGGUCUGAGCUAUCAACCUCUGAAUAUCAAACAACCUUCGAUAUUACAUCUACAAAACCAUUUACCACAUUAUCUACAUUUACAUCAGAACCCAGUAUGUCUUUAGCCUCAUCUACUGACACCUCCAUUACCUCUACUACUAUAUCCACAUUGGAACCCAGACCAACUCCUAUAUAUACCUCAGAUUUCAGCAGCAUAUCCCCUUCCUCAUCUACUGAGAAAAUCACAACUUAUGAGUCAUCAUCCAAAAUGCAAACAACUAUGUUGACUGAAAAAACUUCUGAAAGUGAAAGUUCCCCUGCUUCUCUAACAACUGAACAGUCUACUGAAUUACAUUCUAUCCCAUCUGAGACUACCUCAAACGAACCAUCUGAUGUUUCACAUUUAACAUCACCAAAGGGAACAAAAAUGGAAACAUUGAGUACAAAUAUGAUUUCACCUUCAGAAUCAACAAGCAGGUCUGGGCAAUCAACCUCUGAAUAUCAAACAACCUUCGAUAUUACAUCUACAAAACCAUUUACCACAUUAUCUACAUUUACAUCAGAACCCAGCAUGUCUUUAGCCUCAUCUACUGACACCUCCAGUACCUCUACUAUUGUAUCCACAUUGGAACCCAGACCAACUCCCAUAUAUACCUCAGAUUUCAUCAGCAUAUCCCCUUCCUCAUCUUCUGAGAAAAUCACUGCUUUCGAGUCAUCAUCCAAAUUGCAAACAACUAUGUUGACUGAAAAAACUUCUGAAAGUGAAAGUUCCCCUGCUUCUCUAACAACUGAACAGUCUACUGAAUUACAUUCUAUCCCAUCUGAGACUACCUCAAACGAACCAUCUGAUGUUUCACAUUUAACACCACCAAAGGGAACAAAAAUGGAAACAUUGAGUACAAAUAUGAUUUCACCUUCAGAAUCAACAAGCAGGUCUGGGCAAUCAACCUCUGAAUAUCAAACGACCUAUGACUUUACAUCUACAACACCAAUGACUACAAUAUCUACAUUUUCAUCAGAACCCGGCAUGUCUUUAGUCUCAUCUACUGACUCUUCCAGUACCACUACUACUGUAUCAGCACUGGAACCCAGACCAACUCCCAUAUAUACCUCAGAUUUCAGCAGUAUAUCUCCUUCCUCUUCUACUGAGAAAAUCACUACUUAUGAGUCAUCAUCCAAAAUGCAAACAACUAUGUUGACUGAAAAAACUUCUGAAAGUGAAAGUUCCCCUGCUUCUCUAACAACUGAACAGUCUACUGAAUUACAUUCUAUCCCAUCUGAGACUACCUCAAACAAACCAUCUGAUGUUUCACGUCUAACGUCGCCAAAGGAAACAAUAAUGGAAACAUUAAGUACAGAUAUGAUUUCAGCUUCAGAAGCAACAAGCAGGUCUGAGCUAUCAACCUCUGAAUAUCAAACAACCUUCGAUAUUACAUCUACAAAACCAUUUACCACAUUAUCUACAUUUACAUCAGAACCCAGCAUGUCUUUAGCCUCAUCUACUGACACCUCCAGUACCUCUACUACUAUAUCCACAUUGGAACCCAGACCAACUCCUAUAUAUACCUCAGAUUUCAGCAGCAUAUCCCCUUCCUCAUCUACUGAGAAAAUCACAACUUAUGAGUCAUCAUCCAAAAUGCAAACAACUAUGUUGACUGAAAAAACUUCUGAAAGUGAAAGUUCCCCAGCUUCUCUAACAACUGAACAGUCUACUGAAUUACAUUCUAUCCCAUCUGAGACUACCUCAAACGAACCAUCUGAUUUUUCACGCCUAACGUCACCAAAGGAAACAAUAAUGGAAACAUUGAGUACAGAUAUGAUUUCAGCUUCAGAAGCAACAAGCAGGUCUGAGCUAUCGACCUCUGAAUAUCAAACAACCUUCGAUAUUACAUCUACAAAACCAUUUACCACAUUAUCUACAUUUACAUCAGAACCCAGCAUGUCUUUAGCCUCAUCUACUGAAACCUCCAGUACCUCUACUACUAUAUCCACAUUGGAACCCAGACCAACUCCCAUAUAUACCUCAGAUUUCAGCAGUAUAUCUCCUUCCUCAUCUACUGAGAAAAUCACUACUUAUGAGUCAUCAUCCGAAAUGCAAACAACUAUGUUGACUGAAAAAACUUCUGAAAGUGAAAGUUCCCGUGCUUCUCUAACAACUGAACAGUCUACUGAAUUACAUUCUAUCCCAUCUGAGACUACCUCAAACGAACCAUCUGAUUUUUCACGCCUAACGUCACCAAAGGAAACAAUAAUGGAAACAUUGAGUACAGAUAUGAUUUCAGCUUCAGAAGCAACAAGCAGGUCUGAGCUAUCAACCUCUGAAUAUCAAACAACCUUCGAUAUUACAUCUACAAAACCAUUUACCACAUUAUCUACAUUUACAUCAGAACCCAGCAUGUCUUUAGCCUCAUCUACUGACACCUCCAGUACCUCUACUACUAUAUCCACAUUGGAACCCAGACCAACUCCUAUAUAUACCUCAGAUUUCAGCAGCAUAUCCCCUUCCUCAUCUACUGAGAAAAUCACUACUUAUGAGUCAUCAUCCAAAAUGCAAACAACUAUGUUGACUGAAAAAACUUCUGAAAGUGAAAGUUCCCCUGCUUCUCUAACAACUGAACAGUCUACUGAAUUACAUUCUAUCCCAUCUGAGACUACCUCAAACGAACCAUCUGAUUUUUCACGCCUAACGUCACCAAAGGAAACAAUAAUGGAAACAUUGAGUACAGAUAUGAUUUCAGCUUCAGAAGCAACAAGCAGGUCUGAGCUAUCGACCUCUGAAUAUCAAACAACCUUCGAUAUUACAUCUACAAAACCAUUUACCACAUUAUCUACAUUUACAUCAGAACCCAGCAUGUCUUUAGCCUCAUCUACUGACACCUCCAGUACCUCUACUAUUGUAUCCACAUUGGAACCCAGACCAACUCCAAUAUAUACCUCAGAUUUCAGCAGCAUAUCCCCUUCCUCAUCUUCUGAGAAAAUCACUACUUAUGAGUCAUCAUCCAAAUUGCAAACAACUAUGUUGACUGAAAAAACUUCUGAAAGUGAAAGUUCCCCUGCUUCUCUAACAACUGAACAGUCUACUGAAUUACAUUCUAUCCCAUCUGAGACUACCUCAAACGAACCAUCUGAUGUUUCACAUUUAACAUCACCAAAGGGAACAAAAAUGGAAACAUUGAGUACAAAUAUGAUUUCACCUUCAGAAUCAACAAGCAGGUCUGGGCAAUCAACCUCUGAAUAUCAAACGACUUUUGACUUUACAUCUACAAAACCAAUGACUACAUUAUCUACAUUUUCAUCAGAACCCAGCAUGUCUUUAGUCUCAUCUACUGACGCUUCCAGUACCUCUACUACUGUAUCCACACUGGAACCCAGACCAACUCCCCUAUAUACAUCAGAUUUCAGCAGCAUAUCCCCUUCCUCAUCUUCUGAGAAAAUCACUACUUUCGAGUCAUCAUCCAAAUUGCAAACAACUAUGUUGACUGAAAAAACUUCUGAAAGUGAAAGUUCCCCUGCCUUUCUAACAACUGAACAGUCUACUGAAUUACAUUCUAUCCCAUCUGAGACUACCUCAAACGAACCAUCUGAUGUUUCACGUCUAACGUCGCCAAAGGAAACAAUAAUGGAAACAUUAAGUACAGAUAUGAUUUCAGCUUCAGAAGCAACAAGCAGGUCUGAGCUAUCGACCUCUGAAUAUCAAACAACCUUCGAUAUUACAUCUACAAAACCAUUUACCACAUUAUCUACAUUUACAUCAGAACCCAGUAUGUCUUUAGCCUCAUCUACUGACACCUCCAGUACCUCUACUACUAUAUCCACAUUGGAACCCAGACCAACUCCUAUAUAUACCUCAGAUUUCAGCAGCAUAUCCCCUUCCUCAUCUACUGAGAAAAUCACAACUUAUGAGUCAUCAUCCAAAAUGCAAACAACUAUGUUGACUGAAAAAACUUCUGAAAGUGAAAGUUCCCCUGCUUCUCUAACAACUGAACAGUCUACUGAAUUACAUUCUAUCCCAUCUGAGACUACCUCAAACGAACCAUCUGAUGUUUCACAUUUAACAUCACCAAAGGGAACAAAAAUGGAAACAUUGAGUACAAAUAUGAUUUCACCUUCAGAAUCAACAAGCAGGUCUGGGCAAUCAACCUCUGAAUAUCAAACAACCUUCGAUAUUACAUCUACAAAACCAUUUACCACAUUAUCUACAUUUACAUCAGAACCCAGCAUGUCUUUAGCCUCAUCUACUGACACCUCCAGUACCUCUACUAUUGUAUCCACAUUGGAACCCAGACCAACUCCCAUAUAUACCUCAGAUUUCAUCAGCAUAUCCCCUUCCUCAUCUUCUGAGAAAAUCACUGCUUUCGAGUCAUCAUCCAAAUUGCAAACAACUAUGUUGACUGAAAAAACUUCUGAAAGUGAAAGUUCCCCUGCUUCUCUAACAACUGAACAGUCUACUGAAUUACAUUCUAUCCCAUCUGAGACUACCUCAAACGAACCAUCUGAUGUUUCACAUUUAACACCACCAAAGGGAACAAAAAUGGAAACAUUGAGUACAAAUAUGAUUUCACCUUCAGAAUCAACAAGCAGGUCUGGGCAAUCAACCUCUGAAUAUCAAACGACCUAUGACUUUACAUCUACAACACCAAUGACUACAUUAUCUACAUUUUCAUCAGAACCCGGCAUGUCUUUAGUCUCAUCUACUGACUCUUCCAGUACCACUACUACUGUAUCAACACUGGAACCCAGACCAACUCCCAUAUAUACCUCAGAUUUCAGCAGUAUAUCUCCUUCCUCUUCUACUGAGAAAAUCACUACUUAUGAGUCAUCAUCCAAAAUGCAAACAACUAUGUUGACUGAAAAAACUUCUGAAAGUGAAAGUUCCCCUGCUUCUCUAACAACUGAACAGUCUACUGAAUUACAUUCUAUCCCAUCUGAGACUACCUCAAACAAACCAUCUGAUGUUUCACGUCUAACGUCGCCAAAGGAAACAAUAAUGGAAACAUUAAGUACAGAUAUGAUUUCAGCUUCAGAAGCAACAAGCAGGUCUGAGCUAUCAACCUCUGAAUAUCAAACAACCUUCGAUAUUACAUCUACAAAACCAUUUACCACAUUAUCUACAUUUACAUCAGAACCCAGCAUGUCUUUAGCCUCAUCUACUGACACCUCCAGUACCUCUACUACUAUAUCCACAUUGGAACCCAGACCAACUCCUAUAUAUACCUCAGAUUUCAGCAGCAUAUCCCCUUCCUCAUCUACUGAGAAAAUCACAACUUAUGAGUCAUCAUCCAAAAUGCAAACAACUAUGUUGACUGAAAAAACUUCUGAAAGUGAAAGUUCCCCUGCUUCUCUAACAACUGAACAGUCUACUGAAUUACAUUCUAUCCCAUCUGAGACUACCUCAAACGAACCAUACGAUUUUUCACGCCUAACGUCACCAAAGGAAACAAUAAUGGAAACAUUGAGUACAGAUAUGAUUUCAGCUUCAGAAGCAACAAGCAGGUCUGAGCUAUCGACCUCUGAAUAUCAAACAACCUUCGAUAUUACAUCUACAAAACCAUUUACCACAUUAUCUACAUUUACAUCAGAACCCAGCAUGUCUUUAGCCUCAUCUACUGAAACCUCCAGUACCUCUACUACUAUAUCCACAUUGGAACCCAGACCAACUCCCAUAUAUACCUCAGAUUUCAGCAGUAUAUCUCCUUCCUCAUCUACUGAGAAAAUCACUACUUAUGAGUCAUCAUCCGAAAUGCAAACAACUAUGUUGACUGAAAAAACUUCUGAAAGUGAAAGUUCCCGUGCUUCUCUAACAACUGAACAGUCUACUGAAUUACAUUCUAUCCCAUCUGAGACUACCUCAAACGAACCAUCUGAUUUUUCACGCCUAACGUCACCAAAGGAAACAAUAAUGGAAACAUUGAGUACAGAUAUGAUUUCAGCUUCAGAAGCAACAAGCAGGUCUGAGCUAUCAACCUCUGAAUAUCAAACAACCUUCGAUAUUACAUCUACAAAACCAUUUACCACAUUAUCUACAUUUACAUCAGAACCCAGCAUGUCUUUAGCCUCAUCUACUGACACCUCCAGUACCUCUACUACUAUAUCCACAUUGGAACCCAGACCAACUCCUAUAUAUACCUCAGAUUUCAGCAGCAUAUCCCCUUCCUCAUCUACUGAGAAAAUCACAACUUAUGAGUCAUCAUCCGAAAUGCAAACAACUAUGUUGACUGAAAAAACUUCUGAAAGUGAAAGUUCCCCUGCUUCUCUAACAACUGAACAGUCUACUGAAUUACAUUCUAUCCCAUCUGAGACUACCUCAAACGAACCAUCUGAUUUUUCACGCCUAACGUCACCAAAGGAAACAAUAAUGGAAACAUUGAGUACAGAUAUGAUUUCAGCUUCAGAAGCAACAAGCAGGUCUGAGCUAUCGACCUCUGAAUAUCAAACAACCUUCGAUAUUACAUCUACAAAACCAUUUACCACAUUAUCUACAUUUACAUCAGAACCCAGCAUGUCUUUAGCCUCAUCUACUGACACCUCCAGUACCUCUACUAUUGUAUCCACAUUGGAACCCAGACCAACUCCAAUAUAUACCUCAGAUUUCAGCAGCAUAUCCCCUUCCUCAUCUUCUGAGAAAAUCACUACUUAUGAGUCAUCAUCCAAAUUGCAAACAACUAUGUUGACUGAAAAAACUUCUGAAAGUGAAAGUUCCCCUGCUUCUCUAACAACUGAACAGUCUACUGAAUUACAUUCUAUCCCAUCUGAGACUACCUCAAACGAACCAUCUGAUGUUUCACAUUUAACAUCACCAAAGGGAACAAAAAUGGAAACAUUGAGUACAAAUAUGAUUUCACCUUCAGAAUCAACAAGCAGGUCUGGGCAAUCAACCUCUGAAUAUCAAACGACUUUUGACUUUACAUCUACAAAACCAAUGACUACUUUAUCUAAAUUUACAUCAGAACCCAGCAUGUCGUUAGCCUCAUCUACUGACACCUCCAGUACCUCUACUAUUGUAUCCACAUUGGAACCCAGACCAACUCCCAUAUAUACCUCAGAUUUCAGCAGCAUAUCCCCUUCCUCAUCUUCUGAGAAAAUCACUACGUAUGAGUCAUCAUCCAAAUUGCAAACAACUAUGUUGACUGAAAAAACUUCUGAAAGUGAAAGUUCCCCUGCUUCUCUAACAACUGAACAGUCUACUGAAUUACAUUCUAUCCCAUCUGAGACUACCUCAAACGAACCAUCUGAUGUUUCACAUUUAACAUCACCAAAGGGAACAAAAAUGGAAACAUUGAGUACAAAUAUGAUUUCACCUUCAGAAUCAACAAGCAGGUCUGGGCAAUCAACCUCUGAAUAUCAAACAACCUUCGAUAUUACAUCUACAAAACCAUUUACCACAUUAUCUACAUUUACAUCAGAACCCAGCAUGUCUUUAGCCUCAUCUACUGACACCUCCAGUACCUCUACUAUUGUAUCCACAUUGGAACCCAGACCAACUCCCAUAUAUACCUCAGAUUUCAUCAGCAUAUCCCCUUCCUCAUCUUCUGAGAAAAUCACUGCUUUCGAGUCAUCAUCCAAAUUGCAAACAACUAUGUUGACUGAAAAAACUUCUGAAAGUGAAAGUUCCCCUGCUUCUCUAACAACUGAACAGUCUACUGAAUUACAUUCUAUCCCAUCUGAGACUACCUCAAAUGAACCAUCUGAUGUUUCACAUUUAACACCACCAAAGGGAACAAAAAUGGAAACAUUGAGUACAAAUAUGAUUUCAGCUUCAGAAUCAACAAGCAGGUCUGAGCAAUCAACCUCUGAAUAUCAAACAACCUUUGACUUUACAUCUACAAAACCAUUGACUACUUUAUCUACAUUUACAUCAGAACCUGGCAUGUCUUUAUCCUCUUUUACUGACGCUUCCAGUACCUCUACUAUUGUAUCCACACUGGAACCCAGACCAUCUCCCAUAUAUACCUCAGAUUUCAGCAGUAUAUCUCCUUCCUCAUCUACUGAGAAAAUCACUACUUAUGAGUCAUCAUCCAAAAUGCAAACAACUAUGUUGACUGAAAAAACUGCUGCUUUUGAUUCAACAGCAUUCCAGAGUUAUUCAUCUUCAUCGUUGCCACAAACAGGCAGUAAAUCAACAGGCAUAAAUCUGCUUGAAUCAACCAAAGCCAGUACAAGUGCAACUUCUGCAACUACUACAACAACUACAACAACUACAACAACAACUACAAAAACAGCAACAACUCAGAGACCUACCACUAAAACAACAGGUAGUAAAGCAACAACUGCCUAUCCACUUGAAACAACCAAAGCCAUUACAAGCCUCAGUUCUGCAACUACAACAAUGACAACUCAGAGCCUUUUCACUAAUACAACAGACCCUGAUGACUGUGCCUCAAACCCGUGUAGAAAUCGUGGCACCUGUAUUGAUGGAUACCAUACUUUCUCCUGUCUGUGUCUAGCUGGUUGGCAGGGAAGCACAUGCAAUGAAGAUGCUGAUGAAUGCUCCCUGGGAACUGCAAAAUGUGACCCCAAUGCUAUAUGCACUAACACCAGAGGUUCCUACAUAUGUACCUGCAAGACAGGAUAUAGAGAAACUGGCCAAAGUUGUGAAUUUAUAAACUUGUGUCUCAACAAUCCCUGUUUGAAUGGUGCAACUUGUAUAAGUUCUCUGAAUUCCUUUUCCUGUUCAUGCCCCAUGGGAUACAGGGGACAGUUAUGUGAAAUUGAAAUUGAUGAGUGCGCAAAUGUCCCUUGUAAGAAUAGUGCAGUCUGUAUAAACAAAGUGAAUGCUUACUCUUGUCUGUGCCAGAAAGGCUGGACUGGCAGCAACUGCACUACAGAUGUGGAUGAAUGUUCCCAAGGUCUCAAUAAUUGUGACCAGCAUGCAAUGUGCACCAAUACACCUGGAUCCUACAAAUGUACCUGUACCAGUGGCUAUAGAGGAGACGGCUUUACCUGUACUGAAAUACGUUUAUUCAGCUAUGGCCCUUCAGUAGGGGACAGCAAAGCAACAAAACGCCUCAGAGACUUUGUUUCUCCUUUGAUUAAUGUCCCUGUUGGUUUUCCAUUUGACUCUGCAUUUUAUAACAACCUAUAUUUCACAGAUAAUGGUGUUAUUAUUUUCCAACGCAACAUAUAUGACCCCACCUAUGUACUGAGUUAUCCUUAUACAACCUUCGAAAGCAAUGACCCAUAUACACCCCCAGUUCUAGCUGCCUUCUGGGCUGAUGUUGAUGUCUCUGGUUUCGGGGAUAUCUUUUAUCAGGCUUAUGACUUCCAGUCCUCCAAUGGGAAUACGACAUUCAAAGAAUCACUAGAAAGCAUGGUUGCUGCAUAUUUUAACUCAACUCAGUUUAAAGCUCUAUGGGCUCUCAAAAUAACAUGGGACAAUGUUCCUCCAUUCAUGUCUGGGAUUUAUAACUCAAAGGCUUAUUGGAACACCCAAGUCAACAAUACAAACACUUUCCAAGUUGUCUUGGUUACUGAUGGAAUAUAUUCGUUUGCACUAAUUCUGUUUGAAGAUGGAGGAAUGAAGUGGCUCUUCAACUCUUUCCCCACAUUCCAUCUGCCAAAAAUGGGUUAUCAUAGUGGUGUCCCUAGUGCACGUAAUGUCAACAACUUCCCAGCUUUCAAUGAUCCACAGACAGACACAUCUGUAAGCAUCAGGCAGAGAUACCGUCCAGAUCAGUACAUCGGCUACAACACAGGUAAAAAGGGAAGAUGGAUAUAUCGUCUAGACAGUAACAGUCAGAGCACCAUCAAUUCAAGGCUGCAAUGUCUGAAUUGGUAUUAUAAAGAGGAAAUUCCAUAUUGGCUCUCCGGCACUUCACCAUGUCCAUGUACUUACAAUCAGGCAACUUGGGACUCCUCAUUCACUGAUGGAUUUAACAUUUGGUACUAUGGCUUUGAUAUCAAGAAGGCAUCUGAACAAUACUUGACAGCACAAAAUAUGUUCCCCUCUAGACAUGGGGCUGGGAGUAGAUGUUACUAUAGUAGCUGGAGUGGAGCCCUUGUUUACGGUGAGAAGGAGCGUUACCUCCCAACUCCAUGGACCUCCUUUAACACCUUCAGCUAUUACUCUAACCGAAUAGCUUAUAAUAACUACUUCUGGAAUACAGUUCUUCCUCCACAAAGACAGAUAUAUAAAGUUGAGGAGCUUGACCCCUACAACGCUUGUUGCAGAUAUUCAGAAUCCGCUUACCUGUGUAACCUUUACAGACAGAAAAGACCCCUGGAUUAUUGUGACAACUAUAUCCCUCCCCGGAUAGGAUUUUUCUUUGGGGACCCUCAUAUUAACACUCUGGAUGGUUUGAAGUAUACAUUUAAUGGUCUGGGUGAAUUCAUUUUGACCAAUGCGAAGGAUGAAAAUGAUACAGUUAUCUUCAGACUUCAAGGACGCACAGCCCGAGCUGGUAAUGGAACCAGCUAUGCAACCAACUUUGUGGCAUUGGCAGCUUCCACAUCAUACGGUGACCAGAUUCAAUGGAGCUUAAACAAUGCUAACGACACCACAGUGAGCUACAAUGGGACCUUCAUUGAACUCUCAGACAAUUUUACUUAUAUCGACCAUGUGGGAUUUGGAAGGACAAAAACCGGGGAAGCAAAAGUCCUGUUUGACAAUGGCAUCUCUGUUUCUUGUUCUGCUAACCUGGGCAUCUUGAGUUUUGUGGUGACAUUGCAAUCAACAUAUCAAAACAGGACUGAAGGUCUCCUCGGGGUACUAAAUGGAAAUCCAAAUGAUGACUUCCUGACUGCUUAUGGCUACACAUUGCCAAAUAAUAACAAUACAAAGCCAAACGACUCACAGAUCUUCAACUUUGGCAUGACAUGGAAAACAACACCUGAAGAUACAAUAUUCCUAUACAACACAACUAGUGAAGAAACCUGGUACACUUACAACAACAAUAGUUUUGUACCAAAGUUCAUUGAUGAACUGCUUUCGUCCAGUGACCCUGCAUUUCUCCAGAAAGCAAACAGUACUUGUGGUGGAAAUACAGACUGUCUCUAUGAUGUUCUGAGCACUGGAAACAUUGCUAUAGGAUCUGCCACUAUGACUAGUAAUUCUGUAUACAGUGAGAGGAGAUCUCAGAUUGACAUUUUCCCUCCAAAUAUCUCUGGCCCUGCAACUAUAAUGAGCUCCUUGGGUGAACAAGUCCUGAUUAGCUUCUCUGCUGCAGACUCUGUGUUCAGUCUGGAAACAGAAUCCAAUGACCUCAUCAUUUCAGUAAAUGGCACUCUCAGAUGGUUGCCUUCAUCUUCCACACCCGUGUUUGCAACUGUAAUAGCCAACAACUCCCAAGCCACUGCAGAGCAAGGCCUUACGUUAAUACUGUGCAACUGUAGCAACACCGCCACCUGCAACUAUGAGAACACCGUGCUGAGGGCUCAGAUGAACAACUCCAAGUUCAUGACAGCGGGCUGCAAUUGUUCCUCUGGAUGGACAGGAGAGUUCUGUACUGAAGAUUUAAAUGCUUGUCUAGAGAACAGCUGUUUUAAUACAUCAUCCUGUAUAGACAAUCCCGCUCCUAGUAAUAACUACAUGUGUUCGCCUUGUCCUGCUGGACUGUCUGGCGAUGGAAUAAAAUGCUAUGGUGUUGAUGAAUGCUUUGCUAAUAUAUCAAAAUGCGAGCAAAUAUGUAUUGAUACAUGGGACGGGUACAACUGCUCCUGUAAUACAGGUUACAGAAUUGAUCCAGCUGAUAAAUACCGUUGUGUUGACAUUGAUGAAUGCAUGAACAAAUCAAUUUGUGCUGAGAAUGCUGUUUGCACCAACACACCUGGAAGCUAUAACUGUCAAUGUGCCAGUGGCUACAAUGGAGAUCCACAUAUCUACUGCACAGAUAUCAAUGAAUGUGCUACACCUUCUCUCAACAAUUGUUCAAGAAAUUCUAUUUGUAUAAACACAAAUGGCUCUUAUUCCUGUGAGUGCCUCCGAGGAUAUUCUGGCCCCAACUGUACAGAUAUCAAUGAGUGUUCUGCAGGAAUCGCUGCUUGUGAGCAAAUUUGCAUCAAUACACCAGCUAGUUUUAACUGCUCAUGUAAUGCAGGUUACAGAAUUAACCAACAAAAUCCUUAUCGAUGUGAUGAUAUCAAUGAAUGUUCUAUACCUUCUCUCAACAAUUGUUCAAGCAAUUCUCUUUGUAUAAACACAAAUGGCUCUUAUUCCUGCCAGUGCCUCUCAGGAUAUUCUGACCCCAACUGUACAGAUAUCAAUGAAUGUGCUACACCUUCUCUCAACAAUUGUACAAGCAAUUCUCUUUGUAUAAACACAAAUGGCUCUUAUCGCUGUGAGUGCCACCCAGGAUAUUCUGGCCCCAACUGUACAGGCGAUGUAGUUGGAACCACCUCUGCAUAUUCAACAACCAUAUCAACCACCAGUUCUGGAAGAUCUACAACAUUAUCUUUAACCACCAAUAUACCCACUGAAAGGACACAAUACAAUGUAACAGAAACCGUGUAUCCAUCUAUGACCUCAGCCUUCAACAAUAUUAAAACAGAAGCUAACACAGCAAGUUCCAUAGCAGCAGUCACGAGCAAUAUGGCUAGCACAACAAAUUCAUCAACUGCUGCACAGCACUUAACCUCAGAAUUAACCACCACUGGAUCGACAGCAAGCACAUUUAAUGUAACAGACCAUUCAACUUCUAAUGACAAUAUGACUGUAACCACCAGCAGUAUCACAACCACACCAACUGCAAAUGCUGUACAAUCAACAUCAUCACCUCUAAGUACAACUGUGUCAUCUGCAAGCACAAAACUGAAUGUAACAGACCAUUCAACUUCUAAUGACAAUAUGACUGUAACCACCAGCAGUUCCACAACCACACCAACUGCAAAUGCUGUACAAUCAACAUCAUCACCUCUAAGUACCACUGUGUCAUCUGCAAGCACAAAGCUAAAUGCAACAGACCAUUCAACUUCUAAUGACAAUAUGACUGUAACCACCAGCAGUUACACAACCACACCAACUACAAAUGCUGUACAAUCAACAUCAUCACCUCUAAGUACCACUGUGUCAUCUGCAAGCACAAAACUGAAUGUAACAGACCAUUCAACUUCUAAUGACAAUAUGACUGUAACCACCAGCAGUUCAACAACCACACCAACUGCAAAUGCUGUACAAUCAACAUCAUCACCUCUAAGUACCACAGUGUCAUCUGCAAGCACAAAGCUAAAUGCAACAGACCAUUCAACUUCUAAUGACAAUAUGACUGUAACCACCAGCAGUUACACAACCACACCAACUACAAAUGCUGUACAAUCAACAUCAUCACCUCUAAGUACCACUGUGUCAUCUGCAAGCACAAAGCUAAAUGCAACAGACCACUCAACUUCUAAUGACAAUAUGACUGUAACCACCAGCAGUUCAACAACCACACCAACUGCAAAUGCUGUACAAUCAACAUCAUCACCUCUAAGUACCACUGUGUCAUCUGCAAGCACACAACUGAAUGUAACAGACCAUUCAACUUCUAAUCAUACUAUGCCUGUAACCACCAGCAGUUCCACAACCACACCAACUGCAAAUGCUGUACAAUCAACUUCAUCACCUCUAAGUACCACUGUGUCAUCUGCAAGCACAAAGCUAAAUGCAACAGACCACUCAACUUCUAAUGACAAUAUGACUGUAACCACCAGCAGUUCAACAACCACACCAACUGCAAAUGCUGUACAAUCAACAUCAUCACCUCUAAGUACCACUGUGUCAUCUGCAAGCACAAAGCUAAAUGCAACAGACCAUUCAACUUCUAAUCAUACUAUGACUGUAACCACCAGCAGUUCAACAACCACACCAACUGCAAAUGCUGUACAAUCAACAUCAUCACCUCUAAGUACCAAUGUGUCAUCUGCAAGCACAAAACUGAAUGUAACAGACCAUUCAACUUCUAAUCAUACUAUGACUGUAACCACCAGCAGUUUCACAGCCACGCCAACUGCAAAUGCUGUACAAUCGACAUCAUCACCUCUAAGUACCACUGUGUCAUCUGCAAGCACAAAGCUAAAUGCAACAGACCACUCAACUUCUAAUGACAAUAUGACUGUAACCACCAGCAGUUCCACAACCACACCAACUGCAAAUGCUGUACAAUCAACAUCAUCACCUCUAAGUACCACUGUGUCAUCUGCAAGCACAAAGCUAAAUGCAACAGAGAUUUUUAAUUCAACCCCGAGUUCUACAGCAGGUAACACCAAAAGCACAACUCAUACUACCAGCUUUAGAGAACCAACUACACCAAAUAUGAACACAGAAAUAACCACAGAAGCUAUAACAUCUAAUUUUACAAAACCUAUUUAUUCAAGUGGCAGCACAAAAAAUUCUAAUAUUGAAAGCUCCACAAGUGCACACGCUACAACUCCCAAAGGUGUAAUAUCACAAGUAAACAGCACUGCUACAACAGAAAACAAAGUGUCUGCUGUUACACAGACUGACUACACAAGUAUAAACGCUACAUCUAAUACUAACACAAUGGGAAGUUCAUCAAUAACACAAACAAGCAAGGCUGGCAUUCAGACCAAUGUAACAACAUCUCAAAGUUCUACCUUUAGGGCCAACACUGCUGUAACCAGUACUGCAACUACAACAACUGCACAACAAGCAACAUCACAUACAAGUAGCUCAGUCACACCAACUACAAAGGCAAAUUAUACAGUGAUAAACUCUUCAACCCAGAGCUCAGCAGCUAAUAGUUCCACAGCAACAACAGCAGUAGCAGUGGAUGUUACAAGUAUGUCAACUACUAUCAAAACAUCAAAUGCGUCCACCAGUGCUAACACUACAACUUCCACCAGUGUACCAAGCACUGUAGCUUCUUCAUCCACAUCUACAACCACAUCUAAAGGCACUACAACCUCUAGCUGCAGCUCUGCAUCCUGCCCAUUAGGAUAUUGUAGCAAUGAAGGAACAUGUACCUAUAAUACAGCAACUUGCAGCCCAGAAUGCAAAUGUCCUGUACCAUACACAGGCAGUAGAUGUACUUCUUUUGGGUACACCUUCAGUCCUCAGCCUUACAAAGAGCUUCCUAAAAGAAUAGUUCAAAUUAGGCUGUCGAUCAAAAGUGAAAAUGGUUCUGGGCUAAGUGAUACAUCUUCAACCAAAUAUGUCCGCCUUCAGCAAGCAGUGAACAGCACGGCUUCCGGAUACCUGCAAUCAAUCAUGGCUUUUUAUAUAAACAGUAAAGUUUCUCUCAGCAAUGUGGAUGGAGGAGUACAAACCAGUAUUAUUUCAGAGUUUACAUAUAGUAACAAUGGUACAAUCAUAACAUUCUUAAAUAAUAUUCUGGUGCAGAAAAUAAUCACAGUGUUUAAUUCCAAACUGACUGGCCGUAGGAGACGAGAACUGUCUACAGUCUCAUUUGGAAUCAUGAGUACAGAUAAUAUUACGGAUAUACGAAUCGAAUCAGUAAAUCAAUUAGAAAGCUACUUCAGCUGUAACAGCACAGGAUUAUCAGGUUAUAAACUGACCAAUUCAACUAAUGGAUUUACCUGUGUGUUUCAAUGUGAUACGGAUUUCUGCCAGAAUAAUGCAACAUGUGAACACACCGAGAGUGGACCCAUCUGCAAGUGUACUACAUUUACCAUUUAUGCCUCAUAUGGUAAGAAUUGUCAGUACCUUGCAAUGAACCUGAAUGCCUUCUUUGGAAUACUUUUUGGUGCCAUCGCCUUUGUCAUCCUUGUUAUUGCCUUUACCAUUUUGAUUGUGUAUUGCUGUCGAAAAAGAAGACGCUCUAAGUCCAGGGAUCUAACAUUGUCCUGGGGAUCAAAACCUAUUACAUCAUUUGGGAGGCUGCUAGAGACUGACAUGGCUGGGAAGCCUGAGCUCAAGAGCUUUACUCCUCGCUUGGAAAAUGUUCCAGUUGGUCCUCAGAUUAAAAUCCAAAGGCCAUCUCUUGAAACACAUCAGACAAGCACAGAUCCUUGAUGAAACAACUUUACAUUCUGUCUAUACUUGGAGAAGAAAGCACUCAGGGAAUUUCUUGGCAAAUCUAAAUCAGAAAGUUCAACCAGAGCAAGAGAAAUGAGGACGUGGAUUAUACCGAUCUUUGUGGUCUGGAAACUUCUGAUCAAUGCCAUGUUGAUAAAAAAUUUUUUUCUAAAAAAGUAUUAUUUUCUUUGUGAAAAUGUUUAUUUUUAUAUGACUUCUAUUUUGAUGUACACAUUACUUGUAUCUUUAAAUGUAAGGUGGCAUUCUGUUUGACUGUCAAUUUUAUUUUGCAUACAAUGUUAACAUUAAUAUUACGCAUGAAAUGAUUUCUAUUUUAAUUUAAUGGCAUUCUGAUGUGACCUUUUUUUCUAUGUCACAUAUUUGCACUUUAUAUUGUUAACAUAGCGAUUAUUGACAAAGUCUUAAUAAAUAUUAUCAUCAGUUAUUAUUUAA